UAUUUGGCAACCUAUAACCUAACCUAUAAAAAAUUUCACAACCUAAUCCUAACCUAACCUAUGGAUUCGACAACCUAAUCCUAACCUAACCAUUGAAAAAAAAAAUAGAACAACCUAUAACCUAACCGAGCCUAUAACUUUUGCAACCUAAUCCUAACCUAACCUAUAGGUUAGGUUAGGUUAGGAUCAACCUGCAGGGCUCUGGUGUAUAUAUAUAUAUGACUCUAGUUCAGUUUAUUCUUUAUACUUCAGUUGGUUUUAAUCCAGAAUUUGUAGAAGAACUACUGUAAGACUCACAAGAUGUCGAUCUACUCACAGAUAUAAAAAAAGUCCAAUACUCCCGCAGAGCAGAAAAUUCUUUUUCUUCCAGUGACAUCAAAAUCUAUCGUGAACCAUUUAUUAAAACAACUUGCACACCAUUCUAGCAGAAUUCAAAAAAAUUACAUUCUACCUAGUAUCUUCCAUAUUCUUCCCGAAUAAAACAUUCUUGACAUCAAGGAAAAAAACAGCUCGAAUAACGUUCAUUUCGACAACCUGCACUUCAACACGUUUUUUUUACUGCAAAGAAAAACAGACCUUUAUUGAUAACCUCUUUUUGGUACAAUUUCGUCUCUUGUGAAAAUAAUCUCUUCCUAUUGAAAUGAUGUAUACGACUGUUCAUAGAGUAUUUUAUUCAGCUUUUCACUGACUAGUUUUCAUAUCAAGGUUUGUGUGAAACCUAUGCUAGGUUUUUCAAAAAUAUUCUUUUCUAACAACGACGUCCUCUGAUGGAAUCUUAAAAUAAUCAACGUUUAAAAACGUAUUUUGAGCUUAUUUUCUAUAAGAACAACUGGAAAAUGUGGCCAAACGUCUUUUCUACAAUAGUCGCGUCAAAAUAAGCAAAAAAAAACGAGGGCCAUUGUCUUAUGAAGUUAACCCACUCCUUUCAUUCAUUUCUCUUCACUAAACAUCUGAACUUGCGCAUAUCCUCGUAUAAACUUUUUUUCCGCGUGUGAUAAUUUUCUUUUUAUUUAUUUUGCUUUGUUCUUGUCCGCCGGCUCAUGUUUGAUUCUCGAUGGUGUUGACGUAGAUGACGAGGAUGUUUGGGACAACGGUUGUGCCAGUGUUUCGUUGUUAACAUCUUCCAUUUUAUUCGUACUCGGAGUAGAUUCCUCCACUUCUGGCAAACUUUACAUCGUUGGAAUCAGCGUGAAAACUGCAUCUGGCGAUGUGUAUCUCGUCACUGGUAUCCUAUAACGUGGUAAAUAUCAUAUGGAUUUAACCAUGUGUUUAACAAAGCGUUUGCUUCAUUUUCGGACCCUGAUGUGCGUUUCCUCUUCCCACUGUUUUUGUUUCCUUCGCUCUGUGUGCUUGAUGACAUUUUUGAUCAAAGAAAUGAUCUGCAAAACACUUAAAUGAACAACUAUUCUUUAAAAAUAUUUAAAAAGCUCGUGGCUAUAAAUGAAGAUAUAUGCCUAAGACAGGCUAGAUGCAGUGCAAGUGAGGGCUGUACUUAUUCACUAACUGCACGUUUAGAAACUUUUAAUAUUCAUUUUGAACGCCUUAAUCGAAAGAAUUUUGUGAUGGAAAAGAAGACAAUGAGCAGAUAAGUAGGCCUGAAUAAUCGCGAUUAACUAAUCACGAUUAGCUGAAUCGUGAUUAAGGCUGUGGUGUGACCCUAGUGAUAGUAUAUAACUUGUUAGAAGGUGUAGCCAAGAUUUUUAGGCCACCCCGUUUGCCAUCACUUCGGGUACGAAAGUACGAAUAGCUUUUUAUGGAACUUUGCUUUGUUUCCUGAGUAAUUUUAUGUUCCGCAUUGGCUAUUGCCAUUUCCAGGCAUGUGACACAAGGAGCUGUUGACACACUCGACAAGAAUUUCAACCGACAUUUGAGCAAUGCUGGAAUUACACUCUCGCUCAAAAGAUUCAAAUUGUAGUCUCUUGUUUUGACAGGCAUCUCGAUCAACGGGGGAGGUGGGAAGGGAAAACGGCUGGUUAGUGACAGUGAGUGAAUAAACAACAUUCCUGAAUAGAGUUCAAAAACUUGACAAUCUAGUAGAUGGAAGAUUGAUGUAAGAAAAGUACUGUAAGGAAAGUGCAAAUGUCAGUUGACGUCCUUUUUAACGCUCCUAGGAGGUGCAAUACCCAUCCUUUAUUGUUUCUAAGAAAAAUCGGCUCUUUCCAAAACUGAGCAAGUGUUUUCUCAGCAUUGUUUCCAGUUUUAACUUCAAACACGUGAAAAUAGGAUUUCUUAGGUGAGGGAUAUUGCAGAAUCCAAUGAAAUAAUUCUCAAGACCUCCAGCUGAUAUUUGGAAAAUCGGUUUUCCAGAUAAUAUCUGGAAAUUUAUUUUCACUCAAGAUUGUUAACGAUGAUAGAGAAAGAAUUUUUCAUCAAAAUUAGACCUCUCCGAGGUUUCUGAAACCUCGACCCGAAUUAACAGGUUUUAAAUACGAUUCUCAGUGCUCUCUACUUCAAGCUUAAAUAUUUCUUAAAAAGUGAACUCAAACUAAAAUAGCGAAAAGAUUCUAAAACCUCGGCACCUAAAAAAGUCGAUGUAAUUCUUCAGAUUAAAAACAUGCAGAAGUUUAGCUGUUCUAACGGACUUCCUGUUUCAAAAUACCGUUUUUCGAUAUCUCAUACCUUUUUAUAAUUUAAUCUGGGUAGAGUUCCCGCAAAUAACCAUAAAAACUGUUAAGUGUUUCUUUUUAGUACCAGCAAUAAAGCCACAAAAAAGAACCAAAAAGUUUUCACCACCAAAUAAACUUUGGAGUCCAUGGCGAGCAAGUAGUUUUACCGAAUAUUUGGAAACUGAAGGUAAAUUAACAAUUGAAAUCGAACAAGGCGAUGAAGCGAUACCAUUUGAAAUAUUGUUGUCAGUUAAUAAAUAUCCAAAAGAAAAUACGUAUUCGAUUUUGUUAAGUGUUAGUGAAAGACAAGUAAAAAUCAGCAAAAUAUUAAAUAAUUUUAAAAUACUACUAAAUCAAUCUACAGUAAAUAAUAGUCUGUUACAUUUGAAUGAUGGUCAACACAAAUAUUGGCUGAGUAUAGAUUCGGAAAGUCUACUUGUUAAAUAUGGUCAGGGUGAAGCUAGAGAUAGAAUGACAAUGAUAAAAUGUGAUUUAAAUGAGGAAGAAUCAAAUUUACUAAGAGAAAUCCGAUAUGUACAUAUUAAAUUAGAUGAUAAAAAUCCGGAUUUAGAUAAAUAUGAAGAUAAAAUUAGAAUAAAAUUAGGUAAAGAUCCAGUAUUAAAUGAUCCACCGCUCUUUAUAAAACCAACAGGACUAGCGUUAGGAAAAAUGUUGCAGUUUCGUUAUCGCCGAACAGCGGAAGUAGAAAAUGAUCAUAGGGAUAGUUUGUUAAUAACUCAAUUAGCCGAUAUAUGUCAAAUGUUGUAUCAUGAUAUUAUUCAGUGGCAAUUGGAUAAUAACGAAUUUUCACAAUUCAGUGAAGCAAUUGAAGAAAGUAUAAAUAAUCCACAAGGAUGGAUAUAUCAAAAAUUAGAAAUGAAAUUUAAAACAUCAACAUAUAAAAACAUAAAUGAAACAUAUCUAAAGAUCCCAGUAAGAUCUAGUAUAACUGACAGUGAUGUUCCAUUUAUAUUAGAAAUUUGGCCGCCAGGGCACUAUAGUAAAAUUCAUGCUCAUAGUAGAUCCUACGGUAUCAUGCGUAAUCUGUACGGUGAAGCUAAUGUUGAAUUGUAUUCGUCACUCAGUGUUAAACAUCAAAAAAGAUUUGCUCAAGCUAUUUUGAAGCAAGGUGAUGUUACAUGGCUAGCACCUGGUUUUAAUCAAAUACACAAGAUAAUAAAUCCGUCAUCACACAAACCAUUAAUAAUAAUACAAGCGUAUCAAGAUCAGGAUGAAAAUGUUAUUAAUAACUAUGAAUAUUGUGAUUAUAUAUCAAGUAAUGGGAAAUUAAAAAAAAAUUUUGUUCCAAAAUCUGAUAUUAUAUAUGAUGAUUUUAAACAAAUCAUGUUGCAUGAAUGGAAAAACAACCACGAUCAAAAAUUUCGACGGGCAUCAGAAGCCAGAGGAAUGUUUCAAAAGAGCCUAAAACAUUUAUGUUUUGAAGAGUAUGCUUUUCUCUAUAUUCCAGGAUGUCUAAUCUGGUCUUCAGAUCAAAAACCAAAUUUGAACAGUAGCAGUAGUAGGCCGUAG